AUGUCCGUCUUCGAAUCACCUUCUGCGCCCACGCCACAGCGCCAGCCUUCUUUUGUCGGCCUACCUCCCAUCAGCCCGGGCCCCGAGUUUGGUUCGGCCUUGGGCAUCUCUGCCGCCGACCUAGACGACGCUCAUCGCGCUGUUUCUCCACCAGGCCACAUCCAGCGCCCGUCUCCACACCCUCACUACAUCAACAACGGCGCCGGCGGUAAUCGCAUCGCCAACGCCAUCUUCAACGCCAGCGCAAACACAAACACGAAUAGCGGCAUCAACGGCGGCGGCAACAUUGCCCGUUCUGGCCCUGUUCCUGGCGCGUCACCGCUUCACUCUCCCACCAUGAACUACCAGCUCCAGUCAUCAUCGCCUCACCCGCACGGCACUCAGUUCAUGCAGGGUCCCUAUGUGAUGAUGCAGUCCCCUCACGCCCAGCACCCAGCCGGCCAGCAGUUCCCACCUGCCGCUCAUCAGUUCAACGGCAAUGGCAACGGCAACGGCAAUGCCAAUAUGAUGCACCACCAGCCUGGUCCUUCGCAGCCCGGCUAUCCUGGACAGCAAGGAGCAUUUGGCAACCCCCAGGCCAUGAAAGGUCCUGUCAGCUACCAGCAGUUUCAGUCUUCUUCACCACCACCUGGCAUGAACUCGCCCAGCUUGAUGUCCAACGGCCAGUUCAACCUGCCGCCCGGCUGGAAAAUUGAGCAGUCCCAACUGCAGCAGCCUCUCACCUCUCCCAGGCACCGCCACUCACCAAGCAUCUCAUCCCUGAAGCAGAACCAGAACCAGAGCUAUGAGAUCGACAAGGAAACUGGUGCUCUAUCCACCAGGUCUGUCUCUCCUCCUACUCACUCACCUGUUGAUCCGCGCCGGCCUGGUCAGCCUGCCCUGGUCUCAUCCGCAGGCCCGUCCUCUCAGAACGGUGAAUUCCGGCCACCGAAUGCGCCAUUCAUGCAGCUGACACAGGGCGCUGCUCUGGCUCGGAGCUCUACUAAUAUGACCCAAAAUUCACAAUUUCAAGAUGAGCCCGAGGGCAAGCGCAAUUCAAACGUCUUCUCUAGUAUACGCAGCAGGCUUGCUGGGAACGCAAACGACCAGCGCGACAGCACGGGUGGCAGACCACAGGCCAACGGCAUCACGGGGGACGAUGUGUCUGAUGCAAGCAUCCCGGUUGAUGACCAGGGAAGAAGAGGCGCCUCUAACUUCUUCGGCCUUCGUAGCAACGGACAAGCUAAUAAUGAAGGAGCGCCUUUUUCAAGUCAAGGCCUUGGUGGUGAUUCUUUCAGCCCACCCAAGGAGAAACGGCCUUUCUUCAGCCGCCCCAGCGGCCUGGGCAUGGGCUCUUCCAACCAAGAAGUCUCAAGGCCCGCAACCGCCGAGAGUGUGAUGGGUCCACCAGUCGUCGGGUUCGGUCCUGGACAACCUAAAAAGAGGUUCUCUAAGCUCACCGGCAUGCUUAAUCGCGACAGGGCGGAAAGCCAGCCGUCCCAAUCACAAGGCUACGGCGCAAUGCAGGGUCAAAGACCGUCCUUUCAGGGGCAACGGCCUCCACCUGGAGGUCCCAUGGGCUUUUCAGAUCAGAUGAGUCCCCCCGGCGGACUCGGCGAUGAUAGCCAGAUGACCGGGUAUGGGCGCCCGAGGAGUUCAACGGCAGGGUCGCGGCCCAGCAUUUCAGAUCAUGGACGGACCCCAUCAGGACAAGGCUACGGGUCUCCUCCCUCCAUGGGCGCGAUAGCUGAGGAGGAAAGGGGCAGGAAGCCCUCGGGCGGCAAUUUGUUGUCGAAUAUCUUCGGAAAGCGGGCAGAAUCCAAGAACAGGGAGCAAGCUCAGCGGCCACCACGAUCUCCCCCGGGGCUUGAUCAGCCCCAGGGCCUUAACCCUCAGGGACAGAUGCAGGUGGUGCAGAGGCCUGGGCAGUCUGGUUUCUUCUUGCCGAAUCAGAACCAACCGUUGAGUAUGCAGGGCCAGCCCGUAAUACCGCCGCAGGGCCAAUAUGCUAGACUGGCCCACCAGGCGCAGCAAUUGCAGCAAUUGCAGCAACAACAGUAUCUGGGCCAAAACAUGCCAAACGGCCAGAAUUCAGCACAGCUUGGUGCAAACCAACAGCGGCAGCCAUCGCCUGGCAUUUCGCCCGUUACGCAAUCCUCCGCAAGCCCUCAUCUGACCACACAAGUUCCCGGGGGAAGUGUUGCUCAGAGGCAACAACCGACACAGCAGGGCGGUAUAUUGCCUGCUUCGCAGAGAGGAGAGGGCCAGCAGCAACCUCUGGGUGUCGUACAGGUUGCGACGGCAGUGCCGAUUCGCCAGGUCGGCAAUUCACCAAAUCCCAACUCUGGGCAAUUUCAAGGAGCCAAUUCGCCAGGCGGCCAGAGUGAUCCAAGUCGCCAACGUUCUGCAUCAGUAGUUAACCAGAUUGACGUCGGUGGUGCUCGAAAGCCGAGUGUGGAUUUGCAGGGAACUCGGGGCCGUGCGGCAUCUCAGUCACUCGCGCAACAACACCCGGUCCAUAUUGCUUCCCUUCACGCACCGAGCAGGAAGCCAGGCAACUCAUCGUCGCCUCGGAACAGUGCUCAAUUUCAGUCACAAGACGCGCCGUAUCGUGGUGCUCAAGAUCAUGAAGACGGGAACCCAGUUUCGAAUGGCCAGCUGAAUGCACCUUUUCCACCACAGACGAGGAGAGUAUCCCAGGGUGUCAUGCCAGGUCAACAGUCACAGGGACUGGACCAUGUUUCUAUGCAAUCAUCUCCAUCUGCAUCUCCUGCACCCAACCCGAACCAGCAAAUUUCACCUCCGGGUGUACCACCGAAGAACUCGCCAGCACCACCGAAUCCGGGCCAAGGCUUUGGCUCAACGCAGACACAGUCUUGGCAAAAUCCAGGUGGUCAAGGUCAAUCAGUCCCGAUCACACAGCAAUCUUCGGUCUACAGGCCCUCUGGCCCUCAAAUCGCUGCCGUAGUACAGAGCUUCUCGCAGCAACAGCCUCAGUCGCCGUGGAGCAUUGGUCGACAGAAUGGUUCCGGUCAAUUUGGUCCAUCAGGGCAGCAGUUUCCUCCAGGAAAUUCGCCACAGGGUAUGAUGAUGUCGCCGCCGCCACAAGAGCAGAGGGCAGAGAAGGAGGGCACUUUCUCCAAGUUGCUCAAGAGUAGCAAGACCUUCGUGCACCAAAUUUCCGAUUCGCAGUCAUUAAGUGACAAGCCCAAGCCCGAGAAGGAAAGCAAGGGAAUGAAGAGCAUGAUGGGAGUCUUCAAAAGACCUAAGGAGUCCAAGCAGUCUGAAUCCGGAAAACCGCCACCUGGUGGGCCCCAAUGGGCUGUUUCGUCGGGUCAGGUUCCUCCCAGUAUGCAGCAGUAUGGCUCCAACCAGAGUCCACAAGGACCGCCGACACCUCAAAGACUGCCGCAGAUGCAAAUGCCUCCGAAGGCGCAACAGGUCAUGGGGAUUGGAGAGGGCGAACAAAAGAUCCCCGUGGAGCCGACGGACCAGGCGCCUCAGGCCCAGCAGGCUCACGCUACAGGUCCGCCCUCACCUGAGCUGCCGCGGCCCCAGCAACAGAGGAUUAACUCUCAACCGUAUCCAGGCUACCAAAAUGAGAGGCCUUCGCCACAAAAGGCGAGCCCGCCUCUGGCACAGCAGCAGCCACGUCCUCAGCCGUCGAGCGGGCGGCCAUCGAUCAGUGGGCCGGAAAUAUCUCAAGCACCCUAUGAAAUGCCGCAUCAACAGCAGCAGCAGCAGCAGCAGCAACAACAACAACAACAACAACAACGGCGACCCUCUCAGCCAUCAAUAGGACAAACACAACCGCAGAUGCCAGCAGGAAUGGUCGGCGACAUGAGAGCGCACAAACUGAAGCAGCAGAUUGCCCAACGAGGCCCGGAACCCCAGUACGCUCCUGUGCCUAUUCCCCAAGGAUACGCCACUGUUCAUGGAGAAGGAAUGGCUAUUUCAAAACCAGAUGUGACGAGGACAGGAUAUGGGCAGCCGCAACCGAGCAUGCCCUACCAGGGUCCUCCUCAGCAAUGGGCAUACCCCGGCAUGGCGCCGAGCCAGAUACCUGCGGGCGCCCCUCCUCACAUGGUACAACAAGGGUGGCCGCAAUACCCUCCUUACCAAGGAACACCGCCUCCCAUGGUCAUGGCUCAACACCCACCACCUCCACAGCAAUACAUGCAAGGACAGCACACCACGCCGUCUCCGCCAUUGCAAGGACAACAGCCUCCACCACAUAUGCCGGCGCAACAGCAGAUAUCACAGCCCCCUAUGCAGUCCCAAUAUAUGGCUGGUGCUCCCGGGCAUCCACAGAAUGUAGCGCAGCAGGCUGUCAGUCCAUCACAGCAGGCUAACUUUGCACCUACUCAGCAAGCAGCACCCGUCUCUGCUAAUGCAGCACAGACCAUGGCAGAUGGUAGACAACAACGUGCCGUUCCUCAAAUCCAGCAGCAACUGUCACCAGUGCGUGAUGCGAGUCCCGUUGUCUCAGCCCAAACGAACAACGCUGGCCAGCCUCAAAUCCACCAACCAGAAGCUGUGAGGUCGGAGCCUACUCUGCCACCGUUCCAGACUGUGCCACGAAGUGCAUUCGCUGUUGUCAAGCCACAAGUGGGACAGGAUCAACUGCUGCCAAACCAGGGCUCCAAUCUUAUACCCCAGCGCCAGACUAGCGGAGCCAGCGAAGUCUCAUCGUUGACAUCUGUCCCUACUACGAACCAUGGCGGCUCGAGUACGCAAAGCAGUGAGACCAUCCAUCAGGUGCAACACCAACCAGAGAAUGCCAGCCCCGAGAGAAACACCAUUAGUCCCGAGCCUAUGUACGAGAGGCCGCCGGUGACUCUGACGGACGAUCCACCUCCAAAAAGAGAGUCGCCUGUCUCAGCCGAGCAAGAAGACAUAUACGGUGCCACGCCGAGGCAGUCUGCCCACACGUCUCCGGUGCAGCCCAUGGAGCAGCAGCAGCAGCAGCAGCAUAACGCUUUGGUUCACGCCAUCGAACGAUCGCCGGCGCAGGAGCCCUCUGGCGAGCCCGAGGCCAAGUUCGCGGGACCCCUGCCGAACAGGAGCCCAGAGUCCAAGCCCGCGGCCAAGGCCGAGCCAUCCCCCGCGCAGCAGCGCUUUGUCGUCGACAUUCCACCGGUGAUCAUCGAGCCGGCAACCGCAACCACCCCGUCAGCAGCGACGCCGGUCCCCGGCUCGUCCACGCCGAAGACCACCUCACCAGAGGAGAUCGAGCCGCCGUCGCCGACGGACUCGGAGCUAGGCAAGAAGCGCGACAGCGGCAAGAGGCUAGGCGGGGACAGCGGAGGCGGAGACGGCGGCGACAGCAACACCAACGGGACAAGCAACAUCGGCGACAAGCCCGUGCAGUCGUCGCAGGAGAUCUUCGAAGAGCACAAGCGCAAGCAGCUGGUGCGCGACAUGGAGGAGAAGAUCGCGCUGAACCCGACCGAGCCCGACGAGAUGAUGAUGCUGGGCGGCAAGAAGAAGGACGACGCGCCGCUCAUGAGCGCCACCAGCUACCCCGGGCAGGAGUGGAACCCUUACGGGGAUGCUUGGAUCGAUGAUGAUUUGUGA